AUGUCGCCGGCCUCGAUGGCGGCGAGCUGGUCGGUGUUCAGCGCGCCGACCUGGGACGCAUUCAGCGUGGCGAACUGCGUGGACGUGAGGGCGACCGAUGUCGGCCGUGGUCAGGCCCUGCAUCUGGCCGGUCGUCAGCGCCGCGAUCUGUGCGGUGGACAGCGUGCCGACCGUGUCGGAGGCCAGCGCCUGGAUCUGGUCGGAGCUCAGGCCGCGCAGCGCGCCGGUCGUGACCGCGCGCAGGUCGGCGGUUUCCAGGUGGAGAGCUGGUCGGUCGUCAGCGCACCGAACUGGGUGGAGACAGCGCGGCGAACUGGCGAGGUGCCCAGCGCGUUCAGGCUGUCGGUCGUCAGGCUGCCGAGCUGGCCGGUCGUCAGCGCCUGGACUUGGGCGGUCGACAGCUUGUUGAACUGGUCCGACGAGAGGCUGUUGAGGUCGUCGGUGUUGAGCGUGCGGACCUGGUCGGUCGUCAGCGCCAGGAUCUGGCCGGAGCUGAGGGCGCGCAGCUGGUCGCUGGUCAGGCGCGUCGAGCUGGGUGCUGGACAGCGCGCGCAGCGCGGCGGUGGUGAGCGAGCGCAUGUCUGCCGUCUCGAUGGCGGCGAGCUGGUCGCUCACGAGGCCGGACACCUGGGCCGAGCUGAGGGCCGCCACCUGGCUGGCCGACAGCGCGACCAUGUCGCCGGUCGUCAGGCCCUUGACCUGCAGCGUCGUCAGGGCGGAGAUCUGGGCGGUGGUCAGCGCGCCGACCGUGUCGGAGGUGAGGCUCUGGAUCUGGCGGGAGAGCUGGUCGGACGUCAGCGCGCCGAACUGGUGGAGGUCAGCGUGGCGAACUGGCCGGUGCCCAGCGCGUUGAGGUUGUCGGUGGUCAGUGCGCUGAGCUGGCCCGUCGUCAGCGACUGGAUCUGGCCCGGUGGUCAGCUUGUUGAACUGGUCGGAGCUGAGGCUGUUCAGGUCAUCGCUGUUCAGCGUGCUGACCUGGCCCGUGGUCAGCGCGGCGAUCUGGCCGGAACUGAGCGCGCGCAGCUGGUCGCUGGUCAGGGCGUCGAGCUGGGUGCUGGUCAGCGUGCGCAGCGCCGCGGUGGUCAGGGCGCGCAUGUCGGCCGCCUCGAUGGCGGCGAGCUGGUCGGUCGACAGGGCCGACACCUGGGCGGAGCUCAGCACGGCGACCUGGGCGGUGCCCAGCGCGAUCAUGUCGUUGGCGGACAGGCCCUUGACCUGCACGGUCGACAGCGCCGCCACCUGGGCGGUCGUGAGCGCGGCGAUCUCGUCGCUGCCCAGCGAGGCGAUCUGGUCGGACGACAGGCCCGCCAGCGCCGCGGUCGUGACGGCGCGCAGGUCGGCGGUUUCCAGGCGCGAGAGCUGGUCGGUCGUCAGCGCGCCGAACUGGCGGAGGACAGCGUGGCGAACUGGCCGGUGCCCAGCGCGUUCAGGCUGUCGGUGCCCAGGGCGCUGAGCUGGCCGGUCGUGAGCGCCUGCGAUCUGGCCCGUGGUGAGCUUGUUGAACUGGUCCGAUGCCAGCGUGUUCAGGUCGUCGGUGUUCAGCGUGCUGACCUGGGCGGUGGUCAGCGCCUGGAUCUGGCCGGAGGUGCCGGGCAGCGAGGCGCUCGCCGCGGUCUCGCCGACCGAGGCGCGUCAGAUCAUCCUCGCCCAAGAGCGCCUGACUUCUCCGCCUACCGCCAGCGCCUCGCCUCUGCCGCGCCGACGCUGCAGAGCGCCGAGAGCGAACGCCAGUCCAAGGGCCAGGUCCAGGCCGCCGUCGAGGACCGCAAGCCCGCCGCCGCCCCGACGCCCGACAAGCUCACGCUGAGCAAGGCUGGCAGCACGGCCGCCAGCGCCGCGGAAGCCAAGGCGUCCAAGGACACCGAAAAGAAGGACGCCGCGGCUCGCGUCGCCGAGCUGACGCGCAACGAGGGCUACGAACUGCUCGCCCGCGCGGAGUUCUACAACUCGGCCUCCACCGCGCCGAACAGCAUGAUCAGCGAGCUGAGCGACCAGAAGCUCGAGUCCUUCGUCACCGACCAGUUCAAUCGCAUCACCGGCGUCAACCCCGUGCGGCCCGUGCAGAUGGUGCGCACGAUCGGCACGGACGCCGAGCUGAUCAAGCGCAUCGUCGGCGAGCUGGCGCUGCGGCUGCCGCACGAGGGGCGCCGCGUGGUCAUCGUGGCGGAGCGGGACUCGCUGUACGCGCAGUCGCUCGUCAGCGAGCUGAAGUACCGGCUGCCCGACAGCCGCGCCAAGGACCAGCCGGUCAGGAUCGAGGUCAUCUACUUCUUCCGCGGCAUCGACGGCGUGACGACCCGUGAAUCCGGCGCGCCGACGAGCGGGCCGCCGUCCAAGACCGUCACGCUUGAGUGGCCCGAGAGCCGCGACCAGCUCGACUACCUGCGCCGUCUGGGCGCCGAGCUCAAGCGCAGCGAGACCGGACCCCACGCGGCUGCCGAUCGGCGCCAUCGGCAUCUUCGCCAACGACGUGCACGACAAGCUGCUGGUGCUGCAGGCGCUGCACGAGGACUUCUCCGACCGCAUGUUCUUCACGACGGACAUGGACGCGCGCUACCUGCAUCCGCGCACGCAGGCGUUCACGCGCAACCUCGUCGUGGCCAGCAGCCUGCCGCUGGCCUUCUACCCACUGCCGGUGGCUGCGUCAGGCGUGGACCUGCAGGCCGGCACGCCGCCGCUGCGGGACAUCUACCAGAUGGACAUGACGGCCAUCGUGCUCGUGGCCUUGCAUGCGGGGCUGUUCGCCUAUGUGCUGGCCAGCCUGAUCGAGUUCCUGUUCCCGAGCCAGCUCGGCUUCGUGCACGCCUUGCUGCUGGCCAGCCUCGCGGCCUUCGGCGCGCUGCUGGCGGUGCUGCCGUCACUGCUGAUGGCCCGGCGCGAGCAGCCGCUGCCGCCCGACCAGCCGGCCGGUGUGGACCGCCUGCAUCUCGUCAUCGUGCUGAUGGUGGUGGCGGUGUGGGUGUGGCUGGCUUGGCCGUCAGGGGGCUGGGGGCGGGAUGUGGUGUGCGACAGCUGCGAGCCGGUGGCAUGGCUGGAAGGCGUCAGUGCCUGGCCCUCGCACCUCAUUCACCUGCUGGCGCUGUUCGCCAUCCUGUGGACCUUGGACUGGGCCUGGGCCGACUCGCUCAGCCAGUUGCGUCGCGACUCCGAUUGGCUGCGCCUGCCUCGGCCGGUCUCGCGGCCGGUGGUGCGCAGCGACCUGCGCCAGCUCGCCAGCGGCUGGUUCGAGCAGGUCAGCGUGCUGUUCUGGAAGCCCGGCGUGGGCUACAGCUGCGACUUCGACAAGCUCUGGAAGGAAUCCCGGAGGUGCCGGUGCGCGGCGACGAGCACCGCCAGAUGGUGACGGCCACGCUCUACGCCAUCCUGCUGCUGCUGCCGCUGCUCGUCGUGGCCGUGGCCGACGCGACGAUGCUGCUGAUGCGUUUCGUGCGCCACUUGAACGCCGGGCGCAGCUUCUACCCGGACAGCACCAUCGAGAUGUUCGCCAAGGCGUUGGGUGAGGAGCACAAGGCGCUGUGGGCCCAGCGCUUCUGCGCGAGACCGGAGGACCGCAGCAAGGAUGGCGGUGGCUUCACGAUGCACACGCUGCUGGACGACUGGAUCGACGUGCAGGUGGUGGCCCGCCGCAGCGCGCCGGUCGCGCGGCUGGUCAUCGGCCCCGUUCGUCGUGCUGGCGCUGCUGGUGGUGGCGCGAAGCCGGCUGUUCGACAACUGGUCGCUGACGCCGGCCAUCGCGAUCAGCGUGAGCUUCUACGUGGCCGUGCUCGUCGGUCUGACCAUCCUCCUCAAGCGCGCUGCCGAAACCACGCGCCGCCAUGCAUUGCAGUCGAUGCAGGCCGAUCUGCGCUGGCUGGCGGGCAGUGGCAAGCCGUUGUCGGACUUGGUCGAGCCCUACAAGCGGCUCAUCGUGUCGGUGGAGAACGAGCAGUGCGGUGCGUUCGCGUCGUUCUUCGACCAGCCGCUGCUCAAGGCCCUGCUCGUGCCGCUGGGCGGCGCGGGCGGCACGCAGCUGUUCGACUACCUGCUGCUCGGGCGCUGAAGGGCGGCCAGCGCGGUGGCAAAGCGGGUGGCCUCGUCGCCGGCGACGUCCACCCACGGCAGGCC